UAAAAAAGGAAAAACCAUGUUAUGUUUUAACUUUUCUUUGCUAAUACUGCUUCUAUUAAUUAAGUUUAAUGUUGGCGAUGCGCAUCUUGGAAUGAAAAAUGAUUCUACAACAGUUCCUACUUUAUGUAAUCAAUGCUUGGAGUCCGAUUCGUGUCAAUCCAACUUGACUUUAGACGUAUUUCAUUGUGAUGAAACAUACUGUAUACCAAAAUCGUUUGUUUGCAAUGGCAUACCAGACUGUCAUCAAGCCCAAGAUGAAGCUGURUCUGAAUGUGGUUGUUUACAAAACGAGUACCGAUGUGCAAACAAAUGUAUUGAACUAGUGAAACGGUGUGAUAAGAUUGAUGAUUGUGAUGGUGGAGAAGACGAAAAAGAUUGCAAAACACAUGUUUGUCCAACCACGCACUUUAAAUGUGCAAAUUAUUUUUGUAUACCUACUGAUAAAGCCUGUGAUUUCAAAGAUGAUUGUGGUGAUGGAUCGGAUGAACUUCAAUGCAAGCACAGAGAAUGCUGGCAUGGAGAAUUUAAGUGUAAAAAUUCCGAAUGUAUACGUCCUGGAUAUUUGUGCGAUGGUGAAGUUAAUUGUGUUGAUGGCUCUGAUGAAGAGUACUGCGAAACAAAAGAUUUUAUCAAGUGCGGUGGGAGCCAUUCGGUGCACUCGACGUUUUGGUGCGACGGAUGGCCAGAAUGUGCAGAUAAUCACGCCGAUGAAUUAUUAUGUAACGCGUCGUGUUCGGGGAACAAAUUUCAGUGUCCAAACGGAAGAUGUAUUAACGACGCCAAUGUAUGUGACGGACAAUGCGAUUGCUUGCCAAGUGUCGAUGGAAAUUGUGCCGACGAGAUAAAUUGCACGACGUUUUAUAAUAAAACCGAUGAUGUAAUUGUGUGCACAACAGGAUCAACGCUCAGUUGUUGGAUGCCUGGGGGAUAUCCUUCGCGUUGCAUACGCCAAAAAUAUAUUUGCGACGGACAAAAUGACUGCUUUAACGGAUUUUCAAUUUCGGACGAAUUCGGCUGUGAUAAUCCAAGUUCGAAUUUAAACGAAGAAUUUUUCCGCUGUCUGGACGGCAGGUGGUUGCCAUUUAAACACCGUUGUAACUUCAAAGCUGAAUGUUUAGACGGUGAUGAUGAAAUGGAUUGUGAAGUUUCGUUAUCGUGUGGUGACGAGCAGUUUCGGUGUGCUAGUGGUGAAUGUGUGAAAUCAGAGAACCGUUGCGACGGACGUACCGACUGUUGGGAUAAGAGUGACGAAAUUGGAUGCGCGGCUGUACARUGUCCUGRCGAAAAUUGGUUAAGGUGCAAGAUUGGCAAACAGUGCGUGCCAAUGGAAAAAUGGUGUGAUUAUAUAGUCGACUGUAUGGAUGGUUCUGACGAGAAAAACUGCGAUUAUAGAUUAUGUGAAGCUGACGAGUUCCGAUGUGAUAAUGGUCAAUGUAUUCCUUUAGAGUAUAAAUGUAAAAAAUAUCGAGAAGAACAAAUGGGUUGUGUAGAUAAAUCGCACCUAAGAAAUUGCGUGAAUUUUAAAUGUACUGAAAAUGAAUUCAAAUGUCAUCGUGGGCCUUGUAUACAUCAAUCUAUGGUGUGCGAUGGGCAAUUAGAUUGUGAUUUGACUUGGGACGACGAAGACAAUAAUUGUUAUUUCAUGUGUUCGGAUAUAGCAUCUGGCUGCCAAUGUCAAGAUGUCCAUAUAAAUUGUACCGGCCACGGUCUUAACUAUUUUCCGUACGAUGUCGAAAAAGAAAUCACCUUUUUUCAUUUGGGUGGUAAUAAUUUUUCCGAGGGCCUUCAUGAAAAUACAUUUAAACAUUUGGAUCGCUUAGUUUAUUUAGACCUGACGAAUAAUUCAAUAAAACAUUUGGAACCAUUAGUGUUUUCCACGCUUUGGCGUUUGAAAACAUUGAACUUACAAAACAAUGAAAUAACAAUUUUGCGAAAUUGUUCGUUUUUGGGGCUCGGUCAGCUGACGGGAUUACAUUUACAAGGGAACAAUAUUUACAAGUUGAACUCAAUGGCAUUUCAGGGUCUAUCAUCUUUGAUUACACUUGACUUGAGCCAUCAGAAUAUUACGGAAAUAGAAUCGGAGGCUUUUGUUGGUCUAAGAUCGUUAAAAAGUUUAGACUUAUCAGAUAACUUACUCACUCAUAUACGGGACGGYACGUUUCGAGGGAUGCCCCAAGUUGUAUUUUUAAACCUUAAGAAUAAUCAAUUGAGAGUUAUAGACAAGAACGUUUUUUUCACCAUGCCGUUACUUGAAACACUGUUUACCGACGAGUUUCGUUUCUGCUGCUUGGCUCGGUUUGUGAAGCGGUGCGAACCGCUGCCCGACGAGUUUAGCUCGUGCGAGGAYCUGAUGUCCAACAUCGUGUUGCGGGUGUGCAUUUGGAUACUGGCCGUGGUCGCGAUCACAGCCAAYCUGUUGGUGAUCGUAUUUCGGGCCAAGUACAAGCACACCAAUAAGGUGCACUCGUUCCUYAUAGUCAACUUAGCGCUGGGCGACUUCCUGAUGGGCUCGUAUCUGUUGGUAAUCGCUGUGGUUGACUGGUACUACCGCGGCGUGUACUUUAUCCACGACUCAGACUGGCGACGGAGUUCCAUGUGCAACGUGGCUGGUUUUAUCAGUACGUUUUCCAGCGAGCUGUCCGUGUUCACUUUAACCGUGAUCACACUGGAAAGAUUGUUGGUAAUCAUAUUUCCGUUCAAAGUUCGACGUUUGGAAAUGGAUUUUACGCGCAUACUGAUGGCCGUGUGUUGGUUACUAGCAAUAAUUAUAUCUGCUAUUCCUCUGUUCAACAUUCAUUAUUUCAGAAAUUUUUAUGGACGAUCUGGCGUGUGUUUAGCUUUGCACAUUACUCCGGACAAACCUAAUGGAUGGGAAUAUUCUGUAUUCAUAUUUUUAUUUGUCAAUCUGGGAUCGUUGCUGCUGAUAUCCGGAAGCUACCUUUGGAUGUUUUUCGUUGCCAAGAUGACUCAUCGCGCCACUGAGACCCUAAUCAGACACCGGUCCCUCAGCGAGUCUGCGAUGGCCUGGCGAAUGAGUCUAUUGGUGGCUACGGACGCCGCGUGCUGGGUGCCCAUCAUAGGAUUAGGAUUAUGGUCUUUGGCUGGAUUCACCGUACACCCACAAGUGUUUGCUUGGGUAGCUGUUUUCGUAUUGCCUUUGAAUGCGGCGGUAAACCCCGUGCUUUACACACUGUCUGCGGUUCCAAUAAUCCGCCGUAGUGUAGUGUCAAACAGGAGGGCAGUGUCAUUCAGACGGUCUAUGACUAACGACCCAAAUCGCACAAUAUCCACGACCAUGGUGCCAUCUACUGUGCAAUAUAACGGCGAUAAAGUGUUUUUUUCAUUGAUAACGAAAAUCCCACCCAGAGGUUCGGAAAUCGCCGAGACAGGAAUGACCACAAAUGGACGAUCGAUCACAUUUGGAAAAAUGAUAUGA